AACGUUUCGGUUUAUUAGAGAGAAAUUUGACAUUUUCUAGGACGAGCGAUGUCGACAAGGGACAAAGACAGAAGUGGGAAGCUAGCUGCAGGUAGAAAGAAGCUGGAGAAGUUCCAGGCUCGACAGCAGAGCGGCAAGAAGAAACAAGGCUCUGUGCCUCUCCUUCUCUCCCUCCCUGCUCUCGAGACCAAUGCCUUACUCCAGGGAGCCGGUGGGGCUCCAGAACUAACUGCUCCUCUCCCCUCACUCACUCUCAGCAAUUCUCUCUCAUUGACCACACCUACUGACCUACCUGCUCCCGUUGCCAACGGAUACAGCAACAGUGAUAGGUGGAGCCUGAAGGCACGAACUUUGACCCCACCAAGGGACCGUAUCUCCCAGGACAGUGAAUCAGAAGACAGUUAUCUCCAGGCUCAGACCAUUGAUAUUCUGGUGGCAGAGAAGUCGUCACUGGAGUCAAAGAUUCACCCCCUCCAGACUGACCUCAGACACAAGACGAGGGAAGUGCAGGACCUGAGGAGUCGUCUACAGUCAACCAGACUGCAGCUGGAAGAGAAUGAGAGAUUGAAACUCUCCCUCAUCGAGGACAGAACAAAGCUGACAGAAGCCUGUUGGAGGAGAGGAGGGGCAGGGAGGAGGCUGAGGGUGCCUUGCAGAAGAUGA